AUGGCGGAACUGCAGCCUACUGUCGAGGACUGCUACUCGGAUGACAGCGAAGGCGGCUCUAUCCCCUUCCAGGGCCGCCGGUCGCCCAAUGCCGCUAACGUCUCCACCAAGCGCUCGCACCCUUCCGACUUGGAUAAACAAAUGCCGCCCGCGCAGGAGAGGGCGCCGACCAACAUCGACCUUCGCUCCGACUCAGGGUACAGCAGCUACACCACCGCCACCGUCAGCAGCACUAAUUCCGCUCAAAGUGCUCCUCCCCAGCGCAGCCCGCCCCAGGUGCCUGCCGCCGCUGCCCCAGCGCCUCCCCAGCCUGAGGCUCCAAAGGCCCGACGACGCCCGACGGACACGACCGAGAAGACUUCCAAGUCCUCUUCGCGACCCAAGACCUCUCGCACCACUUCGUCUGCCUCCAAGCCUCCUGCUGUUGUCCAACCUCAGCCACCGGAACGUAAACGCAGGCCGACCGUUACCCAGGAGUCCCGCCCGGAGCGCAGAGAUCGUCGUGACAGCAGAGUUGAACCGGAUGGUGCCGAGCCUAGGCGCACCAAGUACGACCCCAACGCCCCUGCCUCAGCUGUCCGUCGUCGCCCUGAGAUAACGCCAUCUCAAUCCGCUCGUGACGUGAACCGUCCAAUCCCCCAAGACACACGCUCAAUGCAUUCUGAUCCCGCCUCAUACCAGCAAGCUCCGCCCUCCCCUACGCACUAUCGCCAGGCCUACUACGGACACGGAGCCGCUGUCGUCCAGCCAGCUACGACACGUCGACGCCCGUCGAUGAACGGUCGACCCAUGAGCUACGGCGGUGAGGCCGGGCCUCAGUACUGGGCUCAGGGUGCACCUGGAUAUCCUACCCCACCCCCAGAGCGUGGACCGCCUCCUUCCAGCUCUGCUCACUACUCGCGAGGUUUUCCAAUGCCUCAAAUGGGCCAGAUGGGUCCUCCACAGACGCCCUAUGGAAUGCCACCCGGCUACCCCCCUCAAUUCUAUCAGAUGCCGUACGAUGACGGACAGAGGCCAGGCAUGCCACAGCGCAGCUCUUCCAAUGCCGCACGUCGAGGACCCGCACCACCUGUCAUCAAUCAGGCUCCGCGCGACCAGCAAUACUCAACUAGGUACGGCCAGACUCAGAUGACCCACCCCCGAAUGCCGGCUCCAUUGCAGCUUGACGAUAGAGCUCACGAGAGCGAUACUGAUUCGGAAACUGGGUCGUCUGAGGAUGACGAGUACUAUGGGUCUGAGCCUGAGGUCAAUCCCAAUGACCCACGGGCCCACCGUGCGCUUAUGCCCCCUCCAAAGGCUCCCAAGACCAAGUCGAACACCAAGACCAAGCCCAAGACGAAGAAAUCGGAACGACCUUCCUUGCCUCACGCUCACACUACCACAACCGUAGAGCAAGUUCGUAGCCACCGCCAUUCGAUGUCGACUCCUCCCGUUCUUGUCGACGAGCGCUCCAACCGUCAUCGGCCUACCAAAAGCACUAACGAGGCGUCUCGCCGGCAGUCCAUCAGCCGACCUCCACCCCCACCGCGCGAAACACAAACCGAAUACCCCGCACGGCGUGGUUCUGUCUAUGUGGGCGAUAGCACCAAGGCUGAGCGGCGUCGAUCCGCUCACUACGGGCAGUCUGCCAGGGAUAAGGAGUAUGCACAGUAUGCCGCAGAGAGGCAGCAGGAAGAUGCACGCCUCGAGGCCGAAGAGCGAGUCAGGAAAGAGCUCAAAGCUGCGGCCCGUGCCAAGCGUGAAAGACAAGCUCGAAAACAAGCGGAAAACGAAGCUCGCUAUGAGGCUGAGCAGGAGCGCAAACGCGAAAAGCGCAACUCAAAGGUCUACUACCAGCCUCCCGCGGCGUUCGACGAUAGCGACGAGGAGUAUGAGUCUGAUGAAGCUGUCGCUCUCGUCGUUCCCGAAGCACCGGUGCCUCCUCGCCAUCGCCGUCCUACUGACGCUGGGGUGCGCAAAGCCAAAGAAAGUCAGGCUUUGGACUACAUUAAUAGCCAACGUGGCACGGAUGUUCCGCUGAAUGAUCACAUUCAUCGUGCUGCAAAGAGAGCUUCGAGGGUUCCUUCGAUGCCCUCUCAUUCCGGCUCCUCUGGAAGUGAUAGGCAAAGCCAGUCUAACCGUACUGCUGUCACUAGCAACGGUAACAACGAGAUUCGCCUCCGAGUUGAUGCGAAUGCCCCGCUCAGCCUGCAGUUCAAUGGCGACAUGGAGGGUCGCACCAUGCAACUCAUCCCGACCGAGGACGGUAUGGCAGAGCUCGUCAUCAGCGGAAGCCGUGAUAACGAGAGCACAUAUCACAGCAGUGAAAGAGGCAGCAACGCAGGAGACGGACUGGCACUGGUACGGCGGAAGCCAGACGAGAACACCGAAGGAAGCAUGCGCAGCCACCGUAGUAGGCGCGAAAGCCGAGCACUACGAGAUUCUUACGACGAUCGAAUUAUUGAGGUUCAGCGACCCUUACGUCGCCGCGCUAACACCAGUUCGUAUUACAACUGA